GCGUGCAUGAGUGGCGUAGCACCGCUGGCAGCAGCAUCAGCACCAGCAUCAGUCUCAGUAUCAGUAUCAACAUCAGCAUCAGCAAACUUGACAUCCUCCCUCUGCGUCCGCCCGAAACCUCCUUCGCACACGCUCACCACCACCGCAUUCCGCUCCCUCUCCGCCACCUCCGCCACCGCGACCACAGCAGCAACGGCAGCCAAAUCCAGCCGUCUGCUGUACGCUCUCCGCCCAUCCUCGCCCCCUAGGCAGCGCUCCCCUCCCCGCCUUCCCACGGCUGCUGCUGCUGCUCUGUACAGCGCAGGGCAUGCCCUGGACGGCUCCCCUCGUCUCCGAUCCGCAGCUGCUGCCUCUGCUGCCGGCCGCAGCCUGUUCCUGGGACAGAGGAGCUUGAUCCUGGGUCAGCCUGGGAAAAGGUCUCCACCCACUUUGGACUUCAAAAGGCUUCGAAUUGCAAACGAGCAGGCGGGCCCAGCAGAGAGCGCUACAUCGGACGCCAAUGGCACUGCGCUGAGCCCCACUGCGUCCUCCGAGGACACCAUUCAGGCGCUCAAGGCGUCCCUCGCCGCCGCAGAGGAGGCAGCAGCCAGCGCGCUGCAAGCCAAGGAGCUCGCUUUAGAAGCAGUAACCGUGGCGGAGGCAAAGGUCGAAGCCAUGUCCGCUCAGAUGGUCCUGACUACGGAAGAGGCGGUUAACGAAGUAGAGGCGGCAAAGGAGAAGUUUAAAGAGGAGGUAGCGAGGCUGCAGCGGGAGAAGGAGGAGGUGGAGCAGCAGCUGGCGCAGGCGAAGCAGGAGGGGAUUGAUCUCGCGAUGAAGGUGGAGCAGAUGGCGGCGCUGGCAGUGCAGGAGCAGACCCAGGCUGUGGCGGAAGACGCGCGGCUUAAGAUCGCCGCGGCCAAGGCGGAGGCGGCGGAUCUGGCGGCGCAGAUGGAGGAGAGGAUUAGGCUUGCUGCGGAUGAGGCUGCUGCUGCCGUGAUCGAGGAGGCGAAGGCGACGAUAGAGGACGCGAUAGCAGCGGCAGACAUCGCCAAGGAGCAGGCGCGGUCGGCGGAGGCGGCGCUGCAGGAGCGGCUGGACGUUUUGGACCGCCUGGGGCACGCGGAGGUGGCGCUCAUGCGCUCCGAGGAGCAGCGCACGGCGCUGCAGCUGAAGCUGGAGCAGGCAGAGAGCGAAAAAGAGACCCUGCGGAUGGAGAUCAAGGCGGCCAUUGCGCGUGCGGAAGCAGCAGAGUCGCGCAUAGUGUCAACGCAGGCAGCAGUGGCGGAGAUCCAGGCGCUGGCGGAGAGGACGGCCAAGGAGAGAGAGGAGGGCACUGAGAGGGCACUGGAGGCCAUGCGGCUGGCCUCGGAGGGCAGGGAGAAGGCGGCAGCGCUGGCGUACAAGGCGGAGACGGAGAGUCUGAGGGCGGCAGCCAUGGCGGCUCAGAAGGCGGACAAGGUCAAGGACCAGGCUGUGGCCCGCCGCUUCGCCGCGCUGCAGAGGAGCCUGGCGGCUGCGGAGGAGAGCACACGGAAGUGGAGGGAGCGGUGCCUGGCUGUGGAGGAGCUGUUCGCUCUGGCCAAAUCGCGUGGGCUGGAUGCGGUCAAGGAAUCCUCCUCCGCGCCUGCCCCUGCCCCUGCUGUUCCUGCUGUUCCUGCUGCCCCUGUGGAAGCAGAAGUUGGCGAAUCCGUGGCGCGUGGGCGCAUGGACGUCAUGCUGGGGACGCAGUCGGAGAAGUGGCGCAUUCUGGCUGACGGGCCCCGGAGGGAGCGACCUGAAUGGCUGCAGCGCAAGACACUCACCACCACGCCGCUGCCGUCGCUGCCGGUGUCUGUGGAACUGGAGAAUGUGCAGGCUGCCGUGCCGUUGAAAUUGCCCUCGCCUGAUGACGUGUGGUCCAUCGCCCUGCACAAGGUGGCGGACGACAAGUUCACCAAGGAGGCAGAGGCGCGCGAGGCGGAGGCGAAGGAGAUUGAGGAGAAGCGCAAGGAGCUGGAGCGCGCCCUGCAGCGCAAGGCGCCCAAACGCAUCCGCUCACCCGAGGAGCUGGAGGAGAGCAAAGAGUCCGGCACGGGAAGUGGUCGCGAGGUCGUGAUCCAGGCGUUCAACUGGGAGAGCAACAAGCGCGACUGGUACCUGGAGCUCGCCCCCAGAGCUGCUGACAUGGCAGCCUGUGGCAUCACGGCUGUGUGGCUGCCUCCCCCUACAGAGUCGGUGUCGCCCCAAGGGUACAUGCCGGUGGACCUGUACAACCUCAACUCGUGCUACGGCACCAAGGAGCAGCUGCAGUACUGCAUUGACGAGCUGCACAGCCACGACCUGCUUGUGCUGGGAGACGUGGUGCUGAACCACCGCUGUGCGUCCAAGCAGAGCCCCGAGGGUAUUUGGAACAUUUUUGGCGGCAAGCUGGCUUGGGGCCCCGAUGCCAUUGUCAGGGACGACCCUAACUUCCAUGGCCGCGGCAACCCCAGCAGUGGCGACAUAUUCCACGCGGCGCCCAACAUUGAUCACUCGCAGGACUUUGUGCGGAAGGACAUCUGCGAGUGGCUGCGCUGGCUGCGCGCCGAUGUGGGCUACGAUGGCUGGCGCCUGGACUUCGCCCGUGGGUUCUGGGGCGGGUAUGUGAAGGAGUACAUUGAGGCAUCGAGCCCCGCGUUCUGCAUUGGGGAGUACUGGGACAGCCUCAGCUACGAGGGCGGCACCGUCUCCUACAACCAGAACGCGCACAGGCAGCGCAUUAUCAACUGGAUCAACGCCACUGGAGGCACCUCCUCUGCUUUUGACGUCACCACCAAGGGCAUCCUGCAUGCAGCACUGCACAACGAGUAUUGGCGGCUGAUUGACCCACAGGGCAAGCCCCCGGGCGUCAUGGGGUGGUGGCCGUCUCGAGCCGUCACGUUCCUUGAGAACCACGACACUGGCUCCACUCAGGGCCACUGGCCCUUCCCACGUGAGAAGCUCCUGCAGGGAUACGCCUACAUCCUCUCCCAUCCCGGCACGCCGGUUGUGUUUUACGAUCACCUGUACGAGUUUGGCAUCCAUGAUCAAAUCGCCGAGCUGAUCGCCGCCCGGAAGCACGCAGGUGUGCACUGCCGAUCGCCAGUGAAGAUUUUCCACGCAGUUGCGCAGGGGUAUGUGGCGCAGGUCGGAGAUAACCUGGUGGUCAAGCUCGGCCACUUUGACUGGAACCCGUCCCGCCAGAACGAUCUGAUGGGGCGGUGGGAGAAGCUUGUCGACAAGGGGAAUGAUUACAUUCUCUGGGAGAAAACGGGUUCGUGA